AUGGCCCCUGUUGAUAGUCUUUCCUUUAAAUGCGCUUUGAUCACCGGAGGAGGGGGUGGUUUGGGCAAAGCCAUGGCCAUCGAGCUUCUCAAACGGGGUAAAAAAGUUCUGUUAGCUGGUCGUACUGAGUCCACGCUCAAGGAUACGGCCUCCGAGAUCGGUGCGACGGGGUACUACGUUCUAGAUACCGGUUCUUCCUUAGAUGAGAUCUCCCAUACAGUUCAACAGAUUAUCAAGGAUCAUCCCGAUGUAGAUUGCUUGAUCAACAAUGCAGGUGUCCAAAGACCCCUGCACGUUUUGUCAAAGGAUUACAAGUUCGACUUUGCUUCGGCAGAUCAAGAGAUCAACAUCAACAUCCGUGGACCAAUGUACCUCACCGUCAAGUUCAUUCAAGAUCACUUCAAUAAGCUAGAAAACGGAGGGGUGGUUAUGAAUGUCUCAUCGGUACUUGGUUUCAUACCUUUCAGUACGAUCAACCCGGUUUAUAAUGGUACAAAAGCAUGGUUACACAUGUUCACUGCGAAUAUACGACAACAACUCGCCGCGGAGGAUAGUAAGAUUAAGGUGAUUGAGAUAGUACCGCCUCAGGUAGAGUCUGACUUGCAUAGGGAUAGAUUGAACCCGGAUGAUAAUAAGAAAGAAAACAGUCCGACUGCACUGUCAGUGGAUGAGUUCAUGCAAGAUGUUGUCAAAGGUUGGGAGAGUAAUUUGGAUACGGUAUCAGCAGGUCAGGGAAUACAAGUUACCAAGCAGUGGGAUGAGGUGUUUGGGGAGAAGUUGAAGAAGAUGGCAAAGUGA